AUUGAUAUGAAAUAUUAUAUCAAUACCCUUAUUGGAACAUUAGCACGUUUUAUUAAUCACUAUGCUCGAUUUCAAACGAAUGAUGUUGAUUAUAAGAAGAGAGAUGAGAUUAGUCAAAAGAAUGCAGAAAAAUUUUUGAGAGGUCAUGUCGCGAUGAUUGAUGAUAGGAUGACGAUUCGUGAUAUUCGUGAUUUUUUUAUUCCAACUAAAAAGAUGAUUUUGGAGCAAGAUGAUAGAGAUCAAGAGAAACGUAUAAGAUUUAAGUAA